CAGACGAUACGAAUCGGACCAACGAUGCCUGUACAAGGAAUCAGGGCGGUGACCGCCGCCAGAAACGGCGUCGGCGCUUUCAUCCUCCAAUGCAAACGCCUUGAUUUACAUUACUGCGACUGGGCGGGCAGCUCGCGGGGCAUGGUGGCGUUUCUGAAGCACCAACUCCCCGCGUUCGCAAAGGAAAACCCGCAGAUUGAAAUCCGUGUCUCCCCACGACCGCACAAACACCCCGUCCUACGAGGACACUACAUCAACGGACGAGAGAAGGCGAUCUGCGUACGGAACCUGGAGCCGGAACAGAUUCUCCAAAAGGCCAACCUGCUGAAGGAGGCGAGUGGAGAAAAGUUGAAGAAGCAGAAGAAGCCGGUCACCAGUCUCAACGAGAGUGUCAGAGGCAUCUGGUCACCUUACCACGGGGAUCUCAAGUCAGUGUAGAUACGCCUUUCUCGCGUUCCUCACGGUCUAUGAACUCUUUCUCCUUUUUUCUUUUUUACCCUUUCCUUGUCUCUGGGGGUUGUCUUUUCCUCAAGAGCAAUGUGUUGAGAUAUCAGAGGUGAUGAUGGUUUCCUUCGGCCCAGCAACUGCAUUACUACUCCCAAUGACUCGUGUUC